UGUAGUGAUUGAUUAUAACAUAAUUUUCAGAUUUCUACUACAAGCGUUCACACUGAAAGUGAAUUAAUGGAUAUUGAUUUACCUUUAGCUUCAACAUCAACUACUCCAGCCAAUAGAAGUGAAAAGUUUGGGAAAAUAUUAUUGGAUAAAGAAACACAAACAGUUCCAGUUAAUAUUGAACAACUACGUAGAAAAGUAAAAACACUUAAACAAAAAGUGAACCGGAAGAAUCUUAAAAUUCGUAACAUGAAAGAGGUUAUUAGCACAAUAAAAAAAAGUGGCCACAGCAACGAAAAUUUAGAUAUUGUAUUAGAAAAAUACUUUGAAGGUUUACCUCUGGAACUGGUCCUGCUUCAAAAACAAAAGACAAAAGAGGACCAAGACCAGGAGAUGCCUAGAAGAUCAUGA